CUGGUGAGAGGAGAGAAGUUACACGCAUACUAAGAGCCCAGCCCAACAAUUAGCGGUAUCACGCAUGAGCAGCUCGCCAAGGGUGUUGCACUUUAGUGCUUUUCAUUAAACUGGUAUCUGUCUCAACUCAAAGACACUCUCUUCCACCAGCGACACCUUCACCAGACGCAGUCUGAUACUGUUUUGGGUGAGAUUGUUGAGCACUGGGAUUAUAACCUAAAAGGUCAAACAUUAUUAUCUCCCUGCAACUCAGUACUCAACACAAAGGAUGUGUGUCUGAAACAUAUAUCAUGUGCUCAUUGUCAGCUUCCUCUGCAGGUAAACUAAGAAAGGUACACUGGAUACACACACACACCAACACAGACUCAUUCAUCCCUUCCCUCCCUCCAGACUCAUUAUUGCUUCCCUGACCUGAACCUGAACGUUAAUCUUGGCCCAGCACCAAUAUUAUAGUGACAUUCAAUUAACUGCUGACAACUCAUAACACUGUAUUCAAGUGGGGUUCGUUGGAACAUAUGCUGAGAUUGAGCUCCUCACCACCAGCUCAGCUCUCCCACCACCACCAGUGACAGGGGAGAUGGUCCAGUACUCUAGAGCCAGUGGAAAAGCAGCCAUGUCGUCAAACACCACAGGAGCCGGUUCGAGGCGAGGUUUUUUUCUAACGAUGGAAGAUCACAGGGUCAAGGGGAGCGGAGGGAACAUGAGGAGCCCACUCAUCUUCAUCCCCUUGAUUGACGUGGAGUUGGGUGAGUGACAGUGCCAAGCUGGCAGAGGUGGUGCUUCAGUGGUAUGAGAGAAAGGAGUGUGUGAGGUGGUCAGAUGUGUCCUCUCUCUGUGAGCAGAUUGGUUUCAACCAGCUAUCCGAAGCAUUAGCACUGCUUACAUCACCAGGGCUCUCCCAGUCAAAGAUGAUCCAGAGGUGGAGCUCCCAAUUUCAGACCAGACUCCCGCCCCAGCUCUGCCCCCAAGCAAAGCCACAUCGGGUGAUAACGAAGGGGCUCCACCCAUUCCCCACACAGGGCCUUGAUCUGUGGUAAUGAAGGAGCUCCAGCCAUCCCUCCACACAGUGUUUUCUCUAGAGAGGACCGAGAUUGAUUAUGGUGAAGGGACUCCCCCACCUCCACUUCCUCCUCCCCUAGCCCCUGAGGAUAUUGAUUAUUGAUGACGAUGGUCAUACGUUUACAUAAAGUCGUUAGUUAGUCAUACGAGGAUCUGUAAGACUACAGCAUUUGUUGUGUUUAUCUUUGACUGUACUAUAUGAGUAUUCUCAGCUGCCUAUGAAUUAAUAAUAAUAA